CCGGGACCCCCCGGGGCGCCUCGCCCCGGGCCAUGCCUGGCCGCGGCGCUCGCGGCGACCCUUGCGGUAUGCGGCCGCCUUUGGCAGAGGCACAUGAAGGAUUUCAUUGAGUGUGAAGACAGAGAGCAGAGACAGAAAGCAGAAGGAGGCGGCUGCAGCCUUUGUAGUCGGGGAGGAAUGCGGAAAUGUUGAAGCACUAUGUCAAACUUUUUUGAAACGGGGUCAAGUCACAUUCAGCCAGCGUGGGAAAGCAAGGGGAAAAAAAAAAAAAAAAAGUUGAGGAGAGGGGAAGAAAAAAAAAAAAAGAAAACAGGCAGCAAGCUGCUGCUGCUCCCAGGCUGAACAGAGGCCGAGGGAGCGAGCGAGGAGGGGCAGCGCAGCGCAGCGCAGCGCCGGGGGCAGCGGCGGAGCGGCGGCAGCGCCGAGGGCCGGUGCCCGAGCCCCGCACCGGCAGGCUGCGGCUGGCGGGGCUGCGGUCGCGGCGCUGCAGCUCCCCGGGGGCCGCCGGCCGCGAUUUUUUCUUUCGCGUUCUCAUUCUCCCCGGGCAGGGCGAGGGCGGGAGGAGCGGGCUGGGGUUCGAGUGCGAGCUGCCUUCUGCGCCAAGGUGCAGCCCGGCGGCGGCGGCGGCGGCAGGAGGAUGCGAGCCGAGUGCGGCCGAGCCGCGGAGCAGCUACCUGUGUGGCCCGGGCGGCCGCUGCCGGGACCUGCCGGAGACAUCGCCAUGUGAAGGGGCAGACCCCGGGCCGGCUCUCCACCCCGCCUCGCUCAAUGGGAGAUCUAAUUGGCUUUACACAGACAAUGCUCCCAAAGACUGUAUGAUAAUUCCUAGUGGCUGAAAGAGGAGGCACAUUGUGUCCGGUACAGAAGAGGAACAAGAACAGGAGGGUGAGAGCUUCCUACUGCCCCUCUGGCAGAGGUACCAAGUGUGUGGCCUAUCUGCAACGUGAGCAAAGUACUAGUUUUCAGAAAGCAAGUGACACUGAGAGCCAUCCCGAGGCACGUGGAUCACGGGAGGAAGAGGAGCGGCACCAGCAUGGAUAAGGACAGUACAAACGUGGCAGACCAGCAGUAUGAAUGUGUGGCUGAGAUUGGAGAAGGAGCCUACGGGAAGGUGUUCAAAGCCCGAGACUUGAAGAACGGAGGUCGCUUUGUUGCGCUGAAGAGGGUGCGGGUGCAGACCAGCGAGGAGGGGAUGCCGCUGUCCACCAUCCGAGAGGUGGCAGUUUUGAGGCACCUGGAGACGUUCGAGCACCCCAACGUGGUCAGAUUGUUCGAUGUGUGCACCGUGUCACGAACAGACAGAGAGACCAAGUUAACACUGGUGUUUGAACACGUGGAUCAAGAUUUGACUACUUACUUGGAUAAAGUUCCAGAGCCUGGAGUGCCUACUGAAACUAUAAAGGAUAUGAUGCUUCAGCUGUUUCGGGGACUGGAUUUUCUGCAUUCACAUCGUGUGGUGCAUCGGGACCUGAAACCCCAAAAUAUCCUUGUAACCAGCAACGGGCAGAUAAAGUUAGCUGACUUUGGCCUUGCACGAAUCUACAGUUUUCAGAUGGCUCUUACCUCAGUGGUUGUUACUUUGUGGUAUAGAGCUCCUGAAGUUUUGCUUCAGUCCAGCUAUGCAACACCAGUUGAUCUUUGGAGUGUUGGCUGCAUAUUUGCAGAAAUGUUCCGCCGAAAACCACUCUUCCGUGGAAACUCAGAUGUUGAUCAGCUAGGAAAAAUCUUUGAUGUAAUUGGACUCCCAGAAGAAGAGGACUGGCCUAAUGACGUUGCCCUUCCAAGAAAUGCUUUCACUUCCAGACCCGCACAACCUAUUGAAAAAUUUGUACCAGAUAUUGAUGAACUGGGCAAAGAUUUGCUUCUUAAAUGCUUAGCAUUCAAUCCAGGCAAGAGAAUAUCUGCCUAUGUUGCCCUCUCUCACCCAUAUUUCCAUGAUCUGGAGAAAUGCAAGGAGAAUCUGGACUCUCACAUGUCAUCCAGCCAAAACUCCAGUGAGGUGAAUGCAUCAUAAUGCUGACUGAAGAUGAACCAUAAAUGAACAAGACAUGUAGCUGACAAGGCCACUGUCCCACACAAACCACAUAGCUCUUCUAGCGAAGAUCAUUAUUUGGAGGUUUUAUGCACUUAUCUUUUAUUUUGGGAUUGUGAUGUGCUUAUCCAAGAAAAUCAGUCUAGUUUACUUUCAUCAGAGCAACACAAGGGCCAGGGCUUUGACCUGCUCCCAUUGCAGCUUUAUGUUUGGUUUGGUUUUGUUUUGUUUAUCUACCUGGGAAACCUCCAGAUGAAGAGAAGCUGCUGACCAGUUUUGCUGCCAUUUUAUCCUUUUAAUAUUGAAUGCUGCCAGUGUGGAGUAGGACGAUCGAGUUACUGCCAAAACAUGAUGCAAUCUCUCUCUCUAGCUGCUGAAGCAUGAUUUGGUACUUUUUUAAUUAUUAUGAGAUCUCUUACAGUGAUAUUUAAAGAAUGGCAUUGAAAUAUCAGAUCUCUCAACCUGCAGUUAACUGAAACAUGCAUUAAUACAUCCAGCUACUGUUCAUUCAUAGCAUAUAUGCAGGUGCUUCCCCACUUGAAAACCUGGUUGGAUUAUUUUAUCAUUUCAUUACUCUAUGAAAAUAACAGUGAUGAUGGUGAUCAUAAUAAAUGUCUCAACUUUUAGGUUUUUUCAUACACAAACGAGUUAUUAUCUAGCUACGUUUGUGUGUAUGUUGCAAAAAACAAGUGUUUAACAAAAUUCCAGAGUCCUGUUCUUAAAGACUCUUUCAGUUUCCAAAUGGUCAGUUUGCGUUGAAAUCCAGGCACAUUCUAGCCCAUCAUCUAACCCAGCAUUCCACUCUGGAAACAGCUGCAAACACAUUUUCUUUUUCUCAUUCCAAAUUUUCUGAUAUGCAGCCCAAAGACAUGAGCAGAGCCAAUGAAAAUCAAUACAGAUUUUCACCUUCAACCUGUUCUGCUUAUCAGCCAAAAAGGAAAAUAGAAAUAAAUUUUCCAGUUCAGAAGCAGAGAAUCCUAUACCUGUAAUAAGCACAGAUAUGUAUUUGUGCUGAAUUGUAUGCUGUAUACGGCACUGCCUUAUCUGCAAUACCCCCCCUAUGCAUCACAAGUGCAUGAUCAUUACUGUCUCAAAAUGCCUCAGAUGUCAUUUAUUAAGCAAACUUGUUUUCUAUGCAGAAAUGCAUGAGCUACUCUCCUAAACCACCAUGUGGGUAUACUGGCACAUGCUUUUCCACUAGGGUUAAUGUGCCAUUAUUGAAUGUCAAAGUAACUAAGCAAUUCACAUGCCUUUAUAGCACAGUUAUUUUAAAUAUUACAUUAAAUUUUUAUAUUUAGUAUUUUUACCUUAACUAAAAUAUAUUUUCAGUAUUUUAAAAAGAAUCUUUUAUUUUUUUAAUACUGUACUGGGAAAAAAGAAAUAUUUUAAAUCCAUAAAAGCUGUUCCCGAGCAUGACUUUAGUGCACUUACCUGGAUAUGACUUGGGGGAAAAUAUUGGUCCAACAAGUUAGCCCUUACCAUAAAACCAUAAAUAUACACUAUUGCAGUAUAACUGAUGAUAAGUGAGGCAGCUAGCUUUGCUUACUCCUGUGAUAGUCCCUUCAGCUUCUAUCUUCCUCAUCUCUAUUUCAUCUUGUCUAGCUAGUGAGCCAAUAUUAUAUCCUUAUUCACAGCAUGCUUGGCAGAAGCACUGGUCCUUAGCAGUGAGUUGAGCAAUAUAAUCUUCCCACCUGUGGCAUGGGAACUUGUAGCCAUCUCCCUGGCAGGUUUUUCAGUCCUGUGAUAGACUGGCUGUUGUGGCAAGCUUCAUUGUUAACUCUGUUUCAGGUAUCUGCGCUGCCUGGGACAUGGUCCAUUGCUAGGAUAGUGAGUGGAUCUUAUCUGUCUCUUGGAUAAAGCUUUUCACUACUGUUAGACACAUAAGUAUGAGACGUAUGGUUAAAUUAGGUCUGUUUUAAAUAAGGCAGGUUUUAAAAGGACCACUUGCGUGCAUGCAUGCAGUGGCCUGUGCUUUCCUCCAUGCCCAGAAUGAUGCCUAUGCAAAACCUACCAACAUGAACAGGCAAGCUGCAAAUUAGGCUUGGCAAGAGCGUGCAUGAGGCAUCUGCACUCAGAGAUACUACAGAUGCAAAACACAAGAAUUUUGGAAGCUCUGUGAGCAGCAAGCUGAAGGCCAGGGAGCAGUCAUGGCAGCUAACCCUCUAAUCUUGGACUUGCCUCUGUCAUUGUCUCUGUUUCUACAUCCAAGGGGAACUGCAAGCCCACUGCACUGAUGUUGUCCCAGCCCUGUUCCUCCAUGGGUUAAUGGACCUGAGUGUGAAUAGGUUUUAACACUCAUAGAAAAGGAUGGGCCAGAGUGAAAUAUUUGCUAACCAUUUUUAAACAAAAAUUAGAACAACAGAGACAAAUUUCAGGAGAAUCUUGUGACAGUAACAAAUAUAAAAUUUUUCUACACAGUCUAGCACUUUUAAAAACAUUCCACAUUUUACCUAGUGCUGAGCUAUCAUACAUAAUUUAUCAGGGCAUUCAGCUGGUAUGGCUUUCCAGCAGCUGUCAGGGAACUCUCCCACAACUAACAUAGGGUGAAAAUGUAGGGGAGAAGAGGGUAUUUUCAAAUCAGGCUAAAAACUCUCAGAUAGAGAUGUGCAUCUGUUCCAUGUUAGAAGAGCUUGUUGUAUUAAGCUUAGCGAAGCAAAGGCUAGAAGAGAAUGUGAUUGCUGAAUGUAGGUACAUUAUUAGGGUAAAAUAAAAAUGAGGGAAGGUAACACUUUAAGCUAGAGGUUAGUGUUGGCUCAAAAACUAAUGAGAAUAUGGAAAUCACGAGGAAGUUAACUACUGGAGCAGUAUUUCCCAAUCAGUAAUAUCAGUAGAAGAGCUCAGAGAGCAGCAGAGAAAAGCAGGGGCUGGCUUAUGGAAUCAGAAGCAGAGCUUCUGCAACGUGGUGCUGUAAGUAGUCUAAUAGAGGAUCAGGUUAUAAAUGGGGGUAUUCAGGAGAACAGCUUGAGAAAGGCUGCAUUAAUGGUCACGUUCUGGAACAUCCUUCCAGUGGGAAUGGCAGGAACAAAAAAAGAAAUCUGUCUUGGCAGGGUUAGGGAAAUUAUUUAUCUAAUGGGGUCCUUGUGGUAGCAAGGAUCUAGAUUCAAAGGACCAAUGACUUUUCAAAUGACCUCCUUUUCAAAAUCUCUUUAGGAAGAAAUUUCAUUUGACACACCAUAGGCUUCCUCUUAUUCCAGUCUUCCCUGCCAAACCAUAGGGUUUCACUUACACUAGUAAACUGAGAAAGCCUGUUCUCUGGCUGGGCGAAGUGCUGGCACUGGCUAAAAUCAUGCCAGGAAUCAUGCUCAUAAUUAGACAGUACAGACAACUGUAGGACUGUGCUCGAGCCCAUGCCCUUGCUCUUUUUAUUUUACUGGUACAGCUCUAGUAUUUGAGUACCUUUACUCAUUACUGCCAUAUGUGUAGGAUGUAGGAAUUGUAUAUCUGAAAAAGAAGGUGCUCCUUGACACACAUGUUCCAAACUGUGAUGAAAACUCUUCAUAUACCCUUUAAAUAAGACUUCAGAGUGCAAUUCUUAGCAAUAACUAUGCCUGUAUAUGUUCUACAGGAGAAGUUCAACAGCAGCUAAAAACCACUGAAUAACAAAAAAAAUAUCAAAAAUAAGUAUAGAUGUUAGCUCCUAGAGCACCCACAACCAGGCACUGUGCUCUUCUCAGCAGAGAACAGGGUGUUCUAAGUAACGGAAGGAGCAAUUUCUAUCUCCCACCAACCUUUUUUUAUCACUACUACAUAAUUCUGCAGGAAAAACAGACCCAAUAACCAAGGAAAAAAAUCACCAGAGCCAGCUAGUGAAGUGCUAAUUGCUGAACCACAGCAACACAUCUGGAGCAGCCUUUUCUCUCUUCACCCUGUCUCCAUGCUCACUAUAGUGUCCAGUUCUUCUCCUUCAGCUGCCUUAUGGAAACAAGUUUCAGUGAUGCUCACAGGUGCUAUUUCCAACAAGAUUCUUCCAAAUUUCCACUAGCUACACAGUGUCAGUGUCCCCUACGUCCCUAUUACCAAGUAUUGCUUCUUUUAGUCCAGCAGCCCAGAACUGAUGAUUAAAAAAGAAUCUCGUGUACCUCCUUGCUUACCCUUAGUUUUGCAUACACCUAUGUUGCCUUCUGUGUGCCAAGUAAAAUUAUAAAAAUAGGGUUUGUGCAUAUUUCUGCGUAGGCUGUGCCCACACUCCACGUUUUUUUCAGCCUAUUAGUCCACAGUGGUAAAUGUUGGAGUAUCUUCCUCUGUUGUUUCUGUCCUAAAACACACCAAAAAAUGAAGACAUCAUGUUUCCAAAAUAUUGAAAUUUGGUGCUAUGUGUACAGAGCCUUUUACAAGAAAGGAAUCAGUAAGUUGUAGCAUUUGAGCAUCUUCUGCAUGGGGUAACAUUGUAAGCAUCGUAACUCUUACGUGGUUUUUACACUCGAUGGUUGUUUUGGUGAAUAAGAAGAAAAUACUGUGCCAUGCUACUUUUCACAGGUUCACUCACUGUCUUUGAGAAGCAUGUUUUAUUUUACAUAUAAUCCUCUCUGCUGUUAGGUAUUAGGCCAACUUUAGUAUGGAAAAUAAAGAGAAAACGAGCUGUUUUGGUCUUUUAGCCAACAAACUUGGAGCACUUAUCUGACUCACAACUGAAAACACAUCAGUUGUCAAAUAUGUAUAUGAAUCAUAAACCACACAGUUUGGUUUAAAAGGCCACAUAAAUUAAUUAUGUUCCAUGUAUAAGACACAGCUGAAUAAUAAGGAAUUUUAUUCUAAAAACUCUGUUUUAUAGAACCACUUUGCUAGUAUUUUUCAUUUAGAGUAGUUUCAGGAAUAGGUUGAUUUUUAUAUACAAUAUGAAUUAGAAGAUACUAGGCUAUUAGAGUGAUUUUGUUGUGUUACGCUUGAAGUUUGAAUUGAUCACAAGCUUAGGAACGUAGCAUAUUUAUUUUAUAACUAUGAAACUACUUCUAAAUAUCACAAUCUGUUUUUGAUGUUAACAGGAUUUCACACUUCUCUUAAUGUGUAAAUGAUUUUCUUGAAAUUAGUAUAUUAGAAAAAACAUUUUUCCAAACUGCAGUUGUGUGGGAAAGUUUAAGAAAUAUAUUUUUACUUUCACAGAGAAUAGUAACAUGUUAUAUAUUGAAAUCUUCAGUAACUGACUGUUAAUAAGCUAUCACUUUUACUUCUUUUUGAUCACUAAGUAUUGGAGUAUACAGAUUACUUUCCAUGAAGAAAAAAUUCAGAAACAAUCUCUAGAACAGUAAAUGGGAUUUUAUAUGUUUAAGCUUCCAAGUUUCACUUUCAUAUCCAGUUUUUUUGUGCAAGUCCAGUUCAGGUGUGCAAAAACACGACUACAAUUUUAACAGUCUGAAAGGCUGUGCAACUCAAAUAAGAGUUUUAUCUGUGAACUAUUUAUUUUAUUAUAUCUCUUUGUUUUGCAAAUUGUUAGAUAAUGACUGUAAUAACUCUAGUUUCUGGACCAGACUCUGUAACCAUCAAAUCCCAGUAAUUUAUGUAAAACAAUAAGAAGCUUUCUCAUUGGCUUAAAUGAACUAGGCCAUUAAAAGAAGAAAGAUGUGGACACAUGAACUGACAAAUACACUUUUGCCAAGUGUUAUUUUUUUCCUUUUAGUUUGAAGCUUAGCAAGUAUUACAUACUGAUAUGCAAUAUAUACACAAUAUAGGAACCAUAAAAAACACUUAGGAGUUGUGUGCAUGGAUAAUAUAAAAAAUGGCUCAUUAGGUUUUUGCAGAACCCAGCUAAAAAUCAUUCUUUUAGCUGUAACACUGAAUAUUUUGAAACUGAUAUAUUUUUGCAUUAAGAAAUAUUCCUGAAAAAUUAUGUAUAUGUUUUUAAUUUAGACAGUGAUAGGCACCCAAACAGAACUGAAUCAAAUAGGAACUUGUUCUCAAAAAAUUAUUCUGCAAGGCCAACAGGAUACCAUCAGUUCUUUAUGUGUUCAGCAGAAGCUGAAAUUAGCCAGCCCCAUACUUAGAUGAGCUUUUUGCUUUCUGGACAGAAAAGCCCAAGGUUGCUGUGAGUAAAGACAGUGGAAAGUUUGCUUUGACUUAAAUAAAGUCCUUUGAGAGCUUCUGCAAUAUUCAAAUUUCCAGCCUUCAUUGAAAGAUUGUGCAAAACAGCUAAGAUAAACCAAAACUCCCUAACCAUAUGGCAUUUUUUCCUUCAGAUUAAAUGUUUUAUAUGUGUUAGAAUAUAUUGGUGGGCUUCAUCCAGCCUAAUGUCAAUGAGACUUUUGCAUGGCUAGAGAAAGUAAGAAGAGAUUCUGCUAUGGAUAUUUUGAUACUGGGUGACUGUGGUAGAGUAAACUUUUUGUUCCCAAAAAAGAUCAGACAAAAGAUAUUGCCUUCUUUUUAAAUAAAACAAACAACUGACACUUAGUAAAGAUUAAAAAGGAGAUUUUAAGGAAUUAUUGGGAAAAUAUUGUUCGGAUAAGUGAAAAGGAUCAUAUUUAUAAUGUGAAAAAUGUAAAUUCAAACACUGUAUUAAAUAUGCAUUGAAAUGGAUACUUUUUCACUGACCUUGCAAAGUUGAUAGGGUUUCAUGAAAGAAAAGCAUCCAGGCAUGAACUUAUUCUAACUACCAUUUUAAUGUUCAUUUGCACUAAAGCAACCUAUACUAUUUGACUGAAAGGAGAAUGGAAAACAGGUAAUGUUUAACUUGUGAUUUACUUUAGUGAUGACUACAUGGAUAUGCUGUAAAGCUCUCAAGCUUGCUGUCCAUUUUUGAGCAAGCUAGAUUUGCAUACACACUAUUUAGCUUUCUGCAUCUUAAACCCAUCCACAAGCCAGAAAAAACCCACAUUUUCUACUGUUUAUAUGGAUAUUUGCUCCCACCGACACACUCAUGUUAAAUCCAGCCAAAGAGCAUUGUCUCUGACACUGAAUGGAAAAUGAAUUUUCACAGACUGCCAGCUUCCUUCAUGCAAUUACUCCUAAAGGGUUUGUAAUUAACAUUCAACAAUAUGCAGACUUUCCUCUUAUUCCAUGUUUCAUACAUAUGCCAUGUUAUGCAAAUCCUCAGCCUUUUUUGUUAAAAAAAAACAGUUCUUGAAUGUUAGGAUCAAUUUUGAGUAGCUCGAUGAGGGAGGAAAAUUGUGAAGUGCUGCAAAGAGAGGAAAAAUGGGCAGAGAUUAGGAGAGCUCAGGGCAAUUUUGGCAAGUGAAUUUGAAUAUGUGGAAAAGUUAUGUGUAAGUGUAGGGGGAAGAUUUUUUUUCCACGUGUUUUGUUUUCUCCUAUCAUUCACUUUCAUAAGCAUAAGAUGAUAAAGCAAGACUCUUGCAUGGGAUUUUAGUUCCAGGCACUUAUUAUGCCAACUCAAAUCAUGAGUUCCAGUGCAGUUUUUCAACAUAGCAACAGCCCUAUUUUUUAAAUCAGAUUUUGCAGAAGCUAGAUGUUUUUCUGUGUAGCUACAAAAAAAAGUCUUAUGAGACAGCCUGAGAGCAGAUUAAGCUGGCCACACAGACACUGCCUGUAGUUCAGCUGCAGACAUGGAGAACGUACAGCCCUAAUGCAGGACAGUCACUAACAGUGUCCAUUAGCAUGCAAUAUCAUUGCGUAUUGCGAGCUGACUCCUGCCACAAAUUGAAAGUCCUUUGGCAACCCAAAAUGGCAUGGUUUUGAGCACUUGGACUUUGAAAAGAUUAUCCUCAUGCAAGUUUUGCUGGAUCAGUCCAGGUGGUUCACCAUCUUACAGGAGCAAGUCUGAGAGCCUAGCAAGUCUGGCUGACACCCAGUGUAAGUAAUACUGCAGAACUAUCUGCCAUUGAAAAAAAAAGUCUUUUUGUAGGUUGUACAGCAGGAAUGGAGCUUUCUGAGCUGCUGUGCCAACCUGAGAGCUACCAUUAACUAUUGUUAUGCCUCCUCCAAAAAUACAGAGUAUAAGGCCUGCGUAGCAUUUUGUUGUGUUUAGCCCAUGUGUGUGGGUGGCUGGGUAAGUGUUGGCACAGAGCAGCUAAUUUUGGUCCUUCCAUUAAGUGUGAGCAAGUAGGCUUGGCACAGAGACAAAUUUCACAGUUCCAGGGAUAGGAAACAUCUAAUUCUACACAGUAGUUCCCUGGCAUUUGUUAAAUACAUAUAGUGAUAGAUCAUCCGGUCACUCAAGCUGUCCUUUCCUUAUCCCAGAUCAUCCUACUGCAACACUGUGAAAGAAACCCUGGGGAGUCUACUCCUCAACAGUCUUUCAACACCCUGCUUCCUCUCACUGCAGUGACACUUAAUUACCUAUCACUUGUCUAUCACCCUGCUGAUACUUCCACGGCCACUUAAGAAGAUGUGAGCUAAAAUACUGCCUUGUGAUUCUGCAGCCCCCCCAGUCUGCAGGCAGCCAAUGGUUUGUACUAUAGUUUUUCCUUGCUUCUUGUUAGGAACUGGGAAAUACUACAGUAGAAUAUGGCAAAGUGUGUGCUACUUUUACACUCUUUGGUUCAAGCAAAGAGAUGAGCUAGAAUAGAUUAGAUUGAAUAUAAUGUGUUUGAUCAGCCAAAACACUUUUUGAUUCAGAAGAUUAUUUACUAAGUAUAGAAGAUCCCUGGACAACUGUCUGUGAUGUACAUAUUUACAAGAGCAGCCAAUGAUGCUUCUGUUAUUCAGAAGUUUUUAAUGGAUACAAACAAGACUAGCAAUGCCAGCCUCCUACUGCUUACCUCCCUUCCCUUCCCUGAGAUCACUAUUCCCAGGGAGAGGUUUCUUCCCAGCAUGAGGCAGAGCAACUAUGAAACAGUUCUUCCUUAUAUGAAGGUCCCCAACUCCCAAGAUAACCUGGGUGCAUGUAGGCAAUCAAGCUCAUUGCUUUCUGCUAUGGCAGUUUUGAGUACAGAGCCCUGCCCCAAGUACUAGGCACAGACGGACCUUAACCCCCCAGUACAUCCUCCUGAGAAAAAGUCUUUCCAGGAUCUAGAGGGGACAGUAUGCUUACUGUUUCUAUUGCAUUUUAAACAGCAGUGUUAUAAGAACUCCCCUGAGAAACCUCUCUCACUACACAAAAAGGAUGACUCUGAAUUCUGGACAUGCUGUGGGAAAAGACAAAGUGUUUUAUUCCAGGUGGAUGAUGGUGUAUCUUGAACAAUCAUCCCUCACUGGUGAUGAUAGAAAAAAACCCCAACAAACUGGGUUCAAAAUAUAGCCUGGGUCUGCAGAGUGCUAGUUAAAUAAGAAGUGCUUCUCAACCUUUUUCUAGCAAGACUAAAAAUCCAUCAUGAUUUUUUGCAGGGACUUUAUCUUGGAGUCCCUUUAACAAAGGUGGCUGUAACCAUGGGUUGCAUCUACAACAAGAAUUACAUCCGAAAUUGGAUGCUGACAAGAAGCGUGUGGAUGCAGGGCUGUACAAGGUGGCUUAUAUAAGUUCAGUGGGGAUGUGCUCGUCUGAGAGUGCUGAUUGCCAUGCACAUUUUGAACUGAAGUUACCUAUCAUAACAUGAUAGGAGGACUGCAGUGUCAUGAGAUUAGAGGCUGAAGGGACUGCAAAGAUUGAUCCAUCCUUUCCUUUUUCUCUCUUGAUGUCUAGCAACCCAGUGGUUUUCCAGUUUUGUUUUGUUUUGAUUUGUUUUAUUUCACCUCCAUCACCACCAUUCUCCUUCCUUUUGUCUAUAAUAAGUUGAAUAGAAGAGCAUUACUCUGGUUUACCAGCUUAAAACCAGAGCAGACCAACACUGUCUAAAAAUUCUGAUCACUCUCUGGUGGUCAAUAUUAAGUAAGUGAAUCAUUUGUCUCUGUUCAGAUUCCAACAAAUACAAUUCAAUAUCCAUGACACCUUCCUUGCAUUCAGCACUGUUAAAUAACCUUGCUGUCAUUCUCUGCAGCGUUCAAAAUCUCUUUUCCCGGAGACUGAACUCCCCUCCUACAACCCACUUAGAGUCACAGCAACGUGAGCAAAAGAAGUUUACGUUAUGGCAGUGCUUUUUGGUAAGGAAUGACAGUCAGUUCCAAUAGAAGCAAGGCCUGAAAGAGUCUCGAGGACUCUUAGCCAGGCACCUUUCACAGGCAAGGCAGUCACUUCUGUUAAAGCGAAAAACACAUUUUAAAAUACUUAAGACAGAGAAAAUAUAAAGAUGCCAUUUAUUUUUCUGAUAGAAUCUGUUUGCUACACAAAGCUGUAUGAUUUUGGCACUGAAACCAAGCCCACAGGCUCCCAUUUAUUAUUUCCUUUCAAUCUUUAAUUUCUUUAUAAAUUCUUUUCAGGCAUUCAGAUUAAUGUAUUUAUGGUCUGUUUCAUUCCAAUUCAUUUAAGUGGUCUAUAUCUGCCAUUGAAUCUCAUAUAGGUUUUAUUUUUAAUGUAAUAUUUAGCUGCAUUACUUUGAAAAGCUUUAAAAGUAUAAAGUCUUCGAAUGCUCUAGUUAAAGAAAAAUUACACCCUCAGAAUGAUGUCUUAGAAGUUGAACUGUAUACUUUGGAAAUUAUGUUUAUAUUAUAACUCCCGAAAGCAUCACAGGGUGCUUUUCUCUGUAUGUCUGUCUUCUCCUUUCAGUGUAACAGUGUGUAUUUGUAUUUCCUCACUAGCUUGAUACUCUUCAGUCUGAAGGCCCAAGUAUGCAAACAUGAAUACCAGUAAAUGGGGUCAGGGUUUAUUGAAGAUGUGGACACAUUUAUCUGCAAGCUAUUUGACAUUAACCUAAAUUAUUGCUAUUAUAAUUCAGUAUAUUAUUUCUUAUGAAAACACACUAGUCCUGUGAAAGGGUAGUUGCCAAAAAAUGUGUCAAGUCUUGCUGCUUUAUUGUUUAUUUGCGUUUAGUAUACACUUCGGUUGUUGAAGUGAAGCUAGUUUCAUAGAGAGGCAGAAAGCUAGAUCAGUCAAAAAAAAUCAUAAAUAAGCUUCAUACUGUACAUUGAGUUUUGCAACUAGAGUAGUAUGUGUGUUCAGAUGUAGUAUUUUUAUGCUUUAGGGUAUUUUUGUUUAAUAUGUAAAGGAAUAAGCAGAUUACUUUGAAAUGCUAUUGUAGAGCUAAUUUUACACAUAGUGGGAGAAUGAUGUCUGAAAAAUUAAAAUCAGAAAACAUUACAUAGGCUGCCUUUGGCUUAUUUUGUUUGUAGCAGGUCCAGCAGGUAUCUGUCGAUUCCAGAUGCUUAAGCCAGGGGCCAAGUUUGUGUGGCAUCUUGUAACUGAAGAAAGUUUUUUGCAGUGAUAAAUUUGCCCAUCUGGGCUUUAAGUAAGAUUGUUGGCUAAACAAAAGCAUAAAGGCAGAAAAUUUAGGGUUUGGUUUUUUGGGUUUGUUUUUUUUUUUUUUUGUGCAUGGACAAUUGCAUGAAAUAGGAUUGGGGUUUCAAAGUAUUUAAAAUCAUUUAGCAUAAUUUAGUCUUGUUGUAGCUCCACUGACUACAGUUACAUUAAAUGAAGAAUUUGACCUUGUAAGUCUACAAAUUUCAGUGUCAGGCAGUUCUGGUCUAUAUAAUGAUACUUAAGCUUAGUAAAUCAGCAAGAAUACUAUAUAAAUGGUAAUAUGUGAUAAAAAUCUUAACUCUAGUAACAUUCUCUCAAAAUUUCUAUUCAUUACUUUUUUUAUACAAAAGUUCAGAAGUGCAUUUAGUGGCAUUGGGAUAUGUGGACAAAAGGAUAAUGCUGGUACAGAAAUGUAUCAGAAAUAAGAUUCAGUUCUUACUGCUCCAGACACUCCAUGUGUGCCUCCCUUAAACGUUACAAAUCCCACUGAAGUUAACAGAAGACAUAUAUAAAGUUAAGUCUGUUUGUAACUCUCACGGGAUACUGGUUUCAGGAUCUGCAAGAUAAGUUAUGUUCUCAAAGGCAUUAUUAAAACUUGUGUUUUCAGGUUUACAGAAUACUACGAACAGUGAGGACAGCUUCUGAGACACAUCCAGAGUAACCUUAUUAAUUGAUAUUACACCAGACCAACAUCCAUUAGCAAAUCAAAAUCUGUUUCGGUACUUUUACUGCUCAGUAUGAUUUUACAAAAAAUAACAUGAAAAACAUUCAGAAAGUUAAAACAGCCUUUAAUGCUGUUUGGCUUAUUUUUUUCUCUUUUUCCCCCCUUUUUUGUAAUAAAAUAUCAUUUGCUCUGGAGGUGUCUAGGAUUUGAUAAUUCAAAGAAAACAUGCAAAGCCGUUUUGAAUAUUUUUUUUUUCAUUCACCUUAGGGCAUAUACUCAGCUGGUGAAAAUCAGCAUAGUCCUGUUGAUUUCUACAGCAUUAUAUCAGCUUGUACCAGCAAAACAGCUGGCACAUCGAGUUUCAGCAUUUCAAGUCACUUUACCUACAUAUGCAGUAGGAUUUUGUUUUGCAAGGUGGAAAGUUACCUAUGGUGCAAACUGUACUACCUAGACUACCAUUGAUACCUAUUCACAGGACAUGAUUUCACUGUAUCACUUCAUACUUGAAAUUCAUGAUGUUCUUUUAAUCAGGGUACAAACAUGAAAAGGUGCGUGUGUUACUGUUUCUUUUAAAGGUGCAUAAUUUUUUUUUAUUCUGUGUGCAUGGUUACUAUUCAGUGUUCCUUUACAUUCUUUGCAUUCAGCAUCAAAAUCACCUAUGUGUGAAACACAGAAUCACCUACAGAGGUACAGGAAUAUGUAACAGUGAUUUCUUGAAUUGUUACUCAGAUAUACUGGUUUACCUUUUAGUCAUCAAUGACAUCAAGGGGCUACAACAUGCAAACUGUGGUAUAUAAAAGUAUUGCACCAUUGCUGUACAUGAAAUCUUGCAGCCUCUCUCCUCUUCUUGCACAGCUGCUGAUUACCAUAUACGCAUUGGAAAAAAGUAUGUUUCUGCUGUACAGAAUGGCUGGGAAAUAAUGCAGAUACUUGGGAAACUCUAGAGCUCCCUUUGCAAGCUUUCAAAAAAAGCCCUUUGAUCUAACUGCAUGCCUGCUCUGUGUCCCAAAUUUCACCCUAUGGGGCUUUCUGCUUUGAGAACACCCUCAGCUGGGGCUACUUUAUGUUGACUGCAUUGAAGUUCAUCGGAGCAUGCACCUUACCAUAUAACAUACUCUUUAGCUUUUACAAGUUUGUAAAGAUGGUUGACUGCAAAAAUAACUAUGUGUCAAUACAACAAAAUUAAAUUAAGGCACACAGAAGGUUAUCAAUAUUGUAUUAUAUCAGAAUUACAGUCCUUUGGAACUGAAUGUUUUGCUGCUGGCAGUGCAAGAAAAGCAAAGAAGUCGUGUAUUUAUUGUUGGGUGCUGAGGGUUUAGUAUGAAAAUCAAUAUAAUAAAAAUUUUCACAGUGUCAAGUUCUUUUUAGUUGUUCCCAAACUAUUGGAAGGUUAGAAGGCAAAAAAAAUUCGUUUUGUAUUUAAAACUGCUUUCUUGAGGUUUACUUCACCUUUCUAGCUGUAUGUUUCUUUUAUCUAAAAAUGUAAAAUGAAUACAAGUGCAGUAAGUAUUGUAUAUUAAAUACAGAAAAUUA